AAAUCCAGACCCAUUUGAAGGCUCUGCGGGAAGAGAGAGAAAUGCUGCUGGGAUUUAAAGUGGCUAGAGAGGGGGAAAGCCAGGAAUAUCUGAAACAAAUACAAACCGAGAGGCAGAAGAUUGUGUCUGAAUUUCAGAAAUUGCGGCGGUUCCUGGAGGAAAAAGAGCGACUCCUGCUAGCCCAGCUGGAGAAGCUGGACGAGGAGAUUGUGAGGAUCCAGAAUGAAAAUGUCAGUAAACUCUCCAAGCAGAUUUCCCAUCUCAGUGAGCUGAUCAGUGAGAUGGAGGGGAAGUGUCAGAAGCCAGCAAGUGAAUUCCUGCAGGAUGUCAGAAGCACCUUGAGCAGGUGGGAGAAGGGGAAGUUCCAGGAGCCAGAGGAGGUUUCUCCUGAGCUGGAAGAACAAGUCAAUGAUUUCUCCCAGAAAACGAUUGUGCUCUUGGAGGCUCUGAGGAAGUUCAAAGACACUCUGCCAUCUGCACUGGAGAGAAAAAGAGGACAACCACUAGGAGCACACAGACAGGCGAAUGUGACUCUGGAUCCAGACACGGCUCAUCCCAAACUCAUCCUGUCUGAGGAUCGGAAAAGUGUGAGAUGUGGAGACACACGGCAGGAUCUGCCCAACUACCCUGAGAGAUUUUACACUGAUCCCUGUGUGCUGGGCUGUGAGGGAUUCACCUCAGGGAAUCAUUGCUGGGAGGUGGAGGUGAAGGGUGAGGGAGGCUGGGCUGUGGGGGUGGCCAGAGAGUCUGUGAGGAGGAAUGGACGGAUCAGCUGUAGCCCUGAGGGGGGGAUCUGGGCUGUGGAGUGCUGGUGGGGGGAUCAGUUCCGGGCUCUCACUUCCCCUGGUGACCCCCCUGCCCCUGAGCCGGGCCCCCAGCAGGAUCCGGGUUUGUCUGGACUGUGACCGGGGGCAGGUGACAUUUAUCGGUGCUGGUGACCAGGCCCCGAUCUUCACUUUCCCGCUGGGGUCUGUUCCCGGGGAGAGAAUCCGACCCUGGCUCCAGGUGUGGAACACAGACACCCGGCUCAGACUGUGUCCCUGAGACAUGCAGGGGAGGGGCGGGGGAAUAGCUCACUGGGAGCCUUGAGAUCAGCUUCUCUAGCCUCACACACCCUAGUCUCUAUGACCUCUCCCAGUGGACUUUCUAUCAUGCUGUCUCUAUGACCCAGGAGGUUGCUUCCGGUCUCAACUCUGCACUGUCUGGACAUGGGGUGGGCAAACUUUUUGGCCUGAGGGCCACAUUGGAGUUGUAAAACUAUGGAGGGCCA